AUGGACACUGCAGGGUACCGAAAGUGGGACGGCAGGCAGGAAGAGAUCCCUGGAGGGCUCUCGGGACGCUGGGGACAGAGACCCCUCUUCCUGGUCUUGGCUUUCAUGGUCAUCACAGUCCUGUGGACCCUCAUUCUCAGCGUCCUGUUUUCCAAGGCAUCCACCGAACGCGGGGCGCUGCUUGACCACCAACGCCUGCUGAGCACAAACGCCUCCAAACAGACGGUGGUGCUGGGUAUCUUGAAGGAGGAGGUCCGAGCGUGCAAUAGCUGCUGCCUGGGGACGCAGGCACAGCUGCAGACAGUCAGCAAGGAGCUUGGAGAGGCAAGGUCGAAGUUGUUCCAGCAGGAGAGUGCCCUAAAAGAACUGAGUGAGCGCGUGACCCAGAGCCUGGCUGAAGCCGGUAGGGACCGUGAGAACAUUCGCACUGAGCUCUUCCGGGCACUGGAGCAAGCCCGGCUUGGAAACAGCUCCUGCAAGGAGUGCCCCGAGUCGUGGCUGCCGUUCCAGGGCUCCUGUUACUUCUUCUCCACUCUGCGGGCCACGUGGGUGGAGGCACAGCAGCAUUGCGAGCGCUCCGGCGCGCACCUGGUGAUCGUCGGAGGCCUGGAAGAGCAGGGUUUCCUGAGUCGGAAUACGCGUGGCCUCGGUUAUUGGCUGGGCCUCAGGGCCGUGCGCAAGGUGCGCAGGAUCCAGGGCUACCAGUGGGUGGACGGAGUCGCGCUCAGCUUCAGCCACUGGAAUCGGGGGGAGCCCAACGACUCUAUGGGGCGCGAGGAUUGUAUCAUGAUGCUCCGCACGGGGUUGUGGAACGACGCGCCGUGUGACAACGAGAACGACAACUGGAUCUGUGAGAAGAGGCUCAGCUGCUGA